UAUUUCCCGAUCUUUGCACAGCAAGAAUAUAAGACUAAAAGGGCCACAACAAAAUGUUGUUGUGCAGGGGCCUCCUAUAUUUUCUCCUUACCUCCUCCUUUGUCGAUAGCUGUUCUGUAUCGCUGUCCUGUUAAAGCGCAAAGAUGGCUAACGCAGCAUCAGGUAUGGCUGUCAAUGACGAGUGCAAGCUGAAAUUUUUGGAGCUCAAGGCAAAAAGGACAUAUCGCUUCAUAGUUUUCAAGAUUGAGGAAAAACAAAAGCAAGUUAUUGUGGAGAAGGUUGGAGAGCCAACCCAAGGCUAUGAUGAUUUCACUGCCAGUCUUCCUGCUGAUGAGUGUCGAUACGCUGUUUAUGAUUUUGAGUUUCUGACAGAAGGGAAUGUUCCCAAAAGCAGAAUUUUCUUUAUCGCAUGGUCCCCGGAUACAUCAAGAGUCAGAAGCAAGAUGAUUUACGCCAGCUCAAAGGACAGAUUCAAGAGAGAGCUGGAUGGAAUUCAAGUAGAGUUGCAAGCAACAGAUCCAACUGAGAUGGGUCUUGAUGUCUUCAAAAGUCGUGCCAACUAAUAUGCAUAAUAGACACUGGGAUGGGCACCACAUCCCUGAAGCUUUAGUUAUUUAAAUUGGAGUGCUUAUAGGUUGUCAGAGUCAGAUGCUAAACUUGGCUCAUCAUGGUAUCAAAAUUUUUGGCUUGGCGUUGUCAUUUACCAUUUACCUUAAACUAGCUUUUAUGCUUGCCAGUAUAAAUAUGAUCUGUGAAAUACCGAGCCCAUGUGGGGUUUGAGUGGUGUUCAUGUUCUUUGAUUGUGCAAGUGUUGUGUGAUUAGACAAAAAACUAGUUUCUUGUGUCUUUUGAAUAUUGAGACCAGCCAUAUUGUGGCAUGCUUUGAUUACUUUCGAUUUGUUAAUAUAGUUUUAUUUUCGUAA